AUGUCGCGCGACGAAACCCAGGAUACUUGGGUGCGCGACUACCAAGAAAUGGCAUCUGGUGACGCGAAGGAUGAUGCACAAGUACAGCGCGAGAAGCUGCGCGGGCCACCGAAAUACCUUGAUGAUCUACCCACAGAUGGGCUGCUGGCUGCGCCAUGGGGCUCGCUUGCACACGCAGACAAGUCGUCAGAUAGCUUGACGUCGGAAGAGCGGUACGAACGGGAGCAGGAUAUGCUUGCACGGCGCGAAUGGGACGAGGGCGUGCGCCAGCUCCAAAUGGCGUUCCAGUUGGUUUUAAUUCCGUUUUUUGGCAAAUGGCUCGGGCGGCGAUGGAGCUACUGGGGUAUGUCUUGUUUCUACGUGAUGCUCACCGCAGCAUUCGGACGAUGGAUCCAAUAG